ACGGAGAGCUCGGCUUGGCUGGAGGCUAUCCAGAGCUGCUGGUCAGCGGAUCAUUGAUCCACGAGCUGUCAAACUUUGAACAACUGUAUCCCUGGUGUGAUCGAUGUGCCUCACACGCGUCCCUCUCCGGAGCUGAUCGUUUUCGUUUCGGGAGCGAACUUCGGAUUUCGAAUUCGUGAAAGACCAUGCACGAGUCAGUGAAGAGUCAUUCGUGAAGCAGUGAACUACGUCGAGUCCGUCGCGGAAUGAGCGGAUAGCUCUUGUUGAGACUAGAGAUAUCAGAGCAUUAAUUAGUUAUUGCGGAUCCAAGCAAGUGCUAAUCGACACAGAACGUAACCGAUCGACGUCCAAGAAUGACAGUAAUAAGGAUGACCUCGCCGGUGACGCCUGCAUCGACCAGUCCGGAUUCGCCAGACGAGGCUCAGGCAAGUCCCAAACCGGCUCAUCGAUUGAGCUUCUCCGUCGCGGCCCUGCUGGCCGACACCAGAAAGACGUCGGAGUCCUCGAGGAGGCAGGACGCGAUCUUAACGUCACCCAGAUCGUCGCCGAUCGUCUCGUACGCGCCGAUCCGACAGGAGCCUCGUAUGCUGAAGCAUCCGUGUGACUUCAGAACGUCAAGAUACACCUUAUCGUCGCCCAAUCAUAAUCAAGAUGUCAGAUUGAUUCAUUGCAUCUCUCCUCAUAAUAGUUCGGAGCCAAGAACGCCACCGAGAUAUCCCGAAGCGAUCGACUACGCCUGCAAUAUCGAGUCACCCGGCAGAAGAUCGACCUCCGGUAGCGUGGACUACCGCAUGCAUCCAUCCGUCGACAUGAGUACCACGCCGGAACCCGCGGUAGGCUGUUCCUCGUCUCCGAAGAUCAUCGGCAGUCACCAGGACGCCGGCUCGCAAUCACCGAGAAGCAGCUCUCACGACGAGGCGCGCUCGAGAUGUUCGGAAACGGACGACAUCGAAGAGGACGACGAGAGCAGACUGGUUGACGUGGAGGAUCUUCAGCAUCAUCCGUCCAGCCCAACUCCCGUUAGGCCGACACCGGCCUACCUCGGCGGUUUCGCCACCAUCGGCGGUAUCCCGGAGAUCUCGCCUAGUCUUCACCCUGCAGUCUGGGGCGGCGGACAUCAAAAUGCAGCUGCAGCCGCUGCGGCCGCCGCAGCGGCCGCGGCCACGGCCACAUUCUUCCCUUCUCACUUCUCUCAUCAUGCUCCUCUAAACGAGAACGGCGAGCCGGCUAAGCUCAAGUGCAACCUGAGGAAGCACAAGCCGAACCGAAAGCCCAGAACGCCCUUCACGACCCAGCAGUUGCUGGCCCUCGAGAAGAAGUUCAGAGAGAGACAGUACUUGAGCGUCGCCGAGAGGGCAGAGUUCUCGUCGUCGUUGCACCUCACGGAGACGCAGGUGAAGAUCUGGUUUCAAAACCGACGUGCCAAGGCGAAGCGUUUGCAAGAAGCGGAAAUCGAGAAGCUGCGAAUGUCGGCCGUGAGACAGCACCACACGGCGCUCUACGGCUCGCACCCGGGGAUCUUGACUCACGCGGGACUUUAUCCCGUAGGAAUGCUAUCUCAUCCCGGAUUGACUCACCACGCAAUCGCUCAGCAUCCCGCGAGGGAAUGAGAGCAAUAAUGUUCGAUACUGGUUCGAAACCGGUUGAAAGGAUCUGUCAUCGAAUCUCACGUCCCGAGGAAUGAUUUCGACUGCGCGAAAAGGACAGACUUUUUAAAAAUUACGCGAUUACGUUGACAAAUGAUCUCGAGAAGAGGAGGGGAGCAGGGAGAGAGAGAGAGAGAGAGAAAAGAGAGAGAAAAAUCUCGUCAUCGGUUUUAUACUUUCCAGUAUUAGUUUAAUAAAGAAGUGAAGACUCAUGAGUCUGUGAAAAAAUUCGUCUGUGCCAAUGUCGCCUGUCCUGAAAAGACUGGAAAUUAUUGUAAAUAGAAUUGUAAAUAUUACUCAUGUACCACGCGUUAAUUACUUUGUACAUAAAUACCUAGUGACUUAUUCGAGAAAUGGGGUUACAUUUGCAUCGUCGAAUGCAAAUAAUAAAACGAAUGAAUCUUUAUAGUUUGGAGAAAAUUCUUUUUCCAAUUUUGUAUAAAUGUAAAGCAAACAUAACGACGAUCAGGAGAAUUUAUUUAAUAAAUUGUAUUAUUGUAAA